AUGGUUAUUCGAAUGUUAAUACUGUGUAUAGUUUCAAUUCUGUCAUUUGCCUACGCUGAUAUUACUACUACUACUACUACUACUACUGCUAGUACUACUACCAUUACAUUAAAUAAUUCGGUUAAUACUAUACAACCUUAUUUUAGUUGUAAUAUGACUCAACGCGGUUUUCAUCUUCGAUUGCACUGUGAUUUCCAUGAUUUUUCAAUUAGUUUACUGGAGCAUUGUCAACUUCAUGUACAUUUACCAUCAGGUUUUUUCAUUGAUCCAUAUGAAUUAACUUCUAGUCAACCGAACUUAAAAUUUUCAAUUAGUCAGUCAGAAAUACAACCAAAAUUACAUGAUACCAUUAAACAAUUUGUAAAUUGGUUUACAUAUUCUAAGUUGGAAAAGAAAAAUACCGAUCAUUCCGAUGAAAGUAAACAAUUAAUUAUUCAGAAUAAUUUGGUUGAUAUUGAAGCUCCAGAAUGGCUUGCUAAACCAUUAACAUUCAAAUUUAAUAUUAAUCAACUGGAGAUAAAUCAAUCAAUUAGUUAUUUAGAUUUACCUAUUCAUCUACGAUAUCAUCUCCCAUCAACAAAAACUGAUAACACUAAUGAUGAUUCUAUAUAUAUUACUGAAAUUAAACAUCCUAUACUCAAUUGUCCAAAAGGCAAUAAUGUCAGAAAUAUAAACAGUCAACAGUUUUUCUCUAUCAUUGUUCCUAUACCUUUGUUAUCUCACCUUGUAUUUGUGAUGCCUAUUACAAUUUUACUGCUAAUUAUGGGUGUGAUAUAUCUCUUGAUGGCCUAA